ACAUGCAGUCGACAGUAGUGUACAACUGAAAGUGACAGAAUUAAUGAAUAUUAUUGAAGAGAAAACAGGGUUAUUAUGUGCUCUUAAGCAUGCAUGGGCUCAGCUCUCUAUCUUUCUAUUAGAUGCAUUCUUGUUCACUUGCUUUUCAGUCUUCACAAACAUCCAAAUUACCAAGCUUUUCAGUUCUUGCUGAUCAUGAUCAUCUCAUUUGUUUACUUCAUAUAGACCUUAAUUUCCUAGCCAUCAUCCAAACUACAUACUCGCCACUCCUGAAAUCCCUCGAUGAACUCAAUCGUUCAAGAUCCUUCAGCUGAUGCUAUUCUGAGGUACAUCAACCGCACUCUUUUGGAGGAAGAGUUGGAGGAGGAAAGCUGCUGCAAUUUACAACCCUCCACUCUUCAUGCUGCUGAAAAAUCCUUCCAUGAUAUUCUUGGUCAGAAAUGUCUCCCCUCCAGCAAUAUUUAUUAUGCACCUCCGUAUCAAAAUCAAGAUCUAGAGAACCAGCUUACUACUUGCAUGUUUGCUGCGAAUUCUAGCUGGAUGAUUCGCGAUGUUCAUGAGCAUGAAUCCAACAGUAUAAUUGCUACGCCUUUGCCACUCGGUUUGCAGUCCUAUUCAUCCGCUUCUUUUCCUCCUCCAGGAAUCAUUUCUGCAACUGAGGAAUUGCAGUCCAUUAUAGGAUGGAGAGUGGAAACUGGGGAAUUCCAUCGGUAUGGAAAAGAAAUGAUUCUUGAUUUUGCAAACAAUAGAGUGACUACUGUGGUGGCGGCUAAGACAACCAAAGGUAAAAGGGACAUUGAUGAUUAUGAGUAUGAUUUCUUUAACCCUAAUAUAGCUUCUGAAAAUCCACCAACCAGCGGGAUAUUGCAUCAGAAGGGACAAUCAAGAGGAUCUAAUGGUGAAAUGACUGGCGGGGUUAAAACCCGAAAAUUGGUUGAUCUCAGCACUCUUUUGAUUCAUUGUGCAGAAGCUGUAGCAGGUAACGAUCACAAAACUGCGUUUGAACUACUAAUGCAGAUUAGGAAGCAUUCUACCCCUUGUGGUGAUGGAUCCCAGAGGCUUGCCCAUUGCUUUGCUAAUGCUCUUAAGGCACGAAUGGUUGGAAGUAUGAGCGAGGCAUUUGCUGCGACUAAGGUUCCAGCUACUUGCAUGUUAGAUGCUUGGAAGCUCCUUUUCUCAGCUUCCCCUUUCUUGAAUAUAUCGAAUUUCUUCGCAUUCCAUACCAUUAUGGAAGUUGCAGAGAAAGCAGAUAGGCUCCACAUCAUACACUUUGGUGUUGUAUAUGGUUUCCUAUGGUCCUUCCUAAUCCAGCAUCUCUCAACAAGACCUGGAGGGCCUCCUGUUCUUCGUGUUACAAGAAUAGAAAUCCCUGAACCUGUUUUUGAUUCAUCACCAAAGCUUGAGGAAACAGGAAGUUACUUAGCGAGUUUUUGUGAGAGACUUAAUGUCCCGUUUGAGUAUACUGCGGUAUCGAAAAAAUGGGAAUUUAUCCGAUUUGAGGAUUUCAAGAUUGACAGAGACGAAAUGACCAUAGUCACGUGUUUAUAUCGGUCCAGGAACCUGCUUGAUGAGACAACAGAUCACAUGGACAUCAACUGCCAGAGGAAUGACAUUCUUAGCUUGAUAAGGAGGAUGAAUCCAAGUGUCUUCAUUCAUGGGAUAGUUAACGGGGGCUAUAAUGCUCCCUUCUUCACCACAAGAUUUCGAGAGGCACUUUUCUAUUUCUCAUCGCUGUUUGAUAUGCUUGAAGCCAAUGUAUCCCACAAUGUUCCGGAGAGGAUGGUCCUUGAGCAAGAGAUAUACGCGAAGCGGAUCUUCAAUGUGAUAGCUUGUGAAGGAUCAGAGAGGCUUGAAAGGCCGGAGACAUACAAGCAAUGGCAUCUUAGGAAUUUGAGGGCCGGGCUGAGGCAGCUCCCAUUGAACCAGGACAUCAUGCAAAAUAUGAAGGAACAAGUGAAGUUACAUUACCAUAAGGACUUUUUGAUGGAUGAAGAUGGAGACUGGAUGGUUCAGGGAUGGAAAGGACGAAUCCUGUUUGCUCUCUCUUGUUGGAAAUCUGCCUAGCAAUUUCCAAAGAGAAUUAAUGCAAAUUUUGGAUUUUAAUUCAUUCUGUUAAGGACUAGUUGCAUUUUGGUCAAAUUCCUUCUUUGAGUUGUACUUUGCUAGCUCUUGCAAUUUCGCACUCACAAAUUUGCACUUUAUGGCACCUAGCUAAAUAACAAUUCUCAUAUGUUAUCAU